AGAGACAGAGGGAGUGAGGGUGAGAGAAAGGUGGUACAACAACAAAGUGGAUUCAUAUCGGUAGUUUGGCCUGUCUGUUGCUGGUUCACCCUGUAGUCCUCACACCUCAGUAUGCUGAAGUUUCUGCUGACUCUCUGCCUGUUCCUGCAGACUGCAAUAACCAGAAGCACCGAUGACCUAAUUUACCUGGUGACAGUAACAUCCCAAACAGUAGGAGGCAGCAAGGAGACACUAUGUGCCCAGAUUCAUCAUGCAAAGGAGCCAGUUUCCUUUGUGGUAACCCUGGAAAUGGAAGAUGGAGGCAACACCACUCUGCUGGAGGAGCUGGCUGUGGCACAGUUCUACCGCUGUGUGCAGUUCCGGGUUCCGUUGGUAAUUAUUGAUACUGUUGCCAGAAUUCGUGCUACUGUACAAGUUGGGGAGACAUCUUUGAACAAGACAACCAAAAUCCUUAUCCAACGAAGACCCUUAAUCAGUGUCAUACAGACAGACAAGCCCAUUUACAAACCAGGACAGACCGUGAAGUUCCGCAUUGUCUCUAUGGAUUCCAAUUUUUUGCCUGCCAACGAAGUGUUUCAGACUGUGGAAUUGUUGGACCCUGUCUUCAACCGUAUUGCCCAGUGGUUGAACCAGUCUACUGCCAGCGGCAUAUUGGAUCUGUCUCACCCCACAACCCCCGAAACCAGUCAGGGUGCCUACCACAUCGCCGCUCGGAACAGGGAGGGCGCCCGUGUCACUCAAUCCUUUGAAAUCAAGGAAUAUGUUCUGCCCAACUUUGAGGUGAAAAUCCACAUCCCAGAUGUUAUAAGCUUUGCAGACAGAGAAGUGCAAUAUAAGAUUUGUGGGAGGUACACCUAUGGGAAGCCUGUCCAGGGAACCGUGACCGUGCAGCUCAACCAAAGGAACAUUGUGUAUUUCUUCUUCCGUUCCUCAGGGCUGAUUCGAUACUUUCAGGAGAUGAUCAAAACUGAUGAGACUGGAUGUGCCACACAUACUAUCAAGCUGGAACAAUUUGGAUUGGGUUAUAGCUACAGCUUGGAGGUGGAGAGUGAGAUGGUGGAACAUGGAACAGGUGUUAUUGUGAAAGCUGAAAGAAAAGUGCUGGUCAAAACUGAUAAGCUUUUGUUUGAGUUUCAAGAUGCCCCCAUAAACUUCAAGCGUGGAAUAGAGUAUGAGGGAAAGGUCAUUGUGAAAAAUGUACCCUCCUUCCCUGUGUCCAACAAGACCAUCUCCCUCUCUGCCGCAUACGGAUACACAGGCAAGACUGAAACCUGGACACUGACAACUGACAUUGAGGGAGUGGCUCGCUUCUCAUUGGACACCUCUCUUUGGGAAGACUUUGUCACAUUACAGGCAUAUGACCACAUGGAAACCUCAUCAACAGGCUAUGCACGUACAGACUAUGAAAAAGCUGUCCAUCAUGUCCAUGAAUUUUAUUCAAAGAGUCAGAGCUUCAUGACAAUCAAACAGGCCGAAGGACCACUUUCUUGCGAUCAAGACAGUCAGGUCCUGGUGCGCUACUUCCUCAAGGGAGAGGAGCUUAAGGGUCAUGAGGUCAUGGACUUUUUCUACCUGGUCAUGUCGAGAGGGAGCAUUGUGCAGCACGGGCGUACUCGUGUGGCGGUGGGCAGUGGAUCAGAAAAGACAGGGCAGUUGUCCGUCCCCUUGCGGCAGAUGGCAGAUCUGACCCCUUAUGCCCAGGUGAUGGUUUACACAGUGUUGCCUAAUAGAGAGGUUGUGGCAGACAGCUCUGACUUCCCCAUCCAGCGGUGCUUCAAGAACCGGGUGUCUGUCCAGUUCUCUUCCCCCCAGGAGCUUCCUGGGGAGAGGACAAGCCUGGAGUUGCGGGCCCAGCCGGGGUCACUGUGUUCCCUUCGGGCCGUUGAUCAGUCUGUCUUUCUCAUGAGCCCAGAGCGGGACCUUGCACGGACAGUUUUUGAUCGGCUGCCAGUUUCAAAGCUGUCCUCGUAUCCAUACAAUGUUGAGGACUAUGAGCCUGCUCCUUGCAUUUCCAGGAAACAGCGUUCUCUCAAUGAAUUUAAGAAAUCUGAUACCUACCUGCUCUUUCAGGGAGUUGGCAUUAAGGCCCUUACCAACUUAAACAUGAAAAAACCUGUCGAGUGUCAUCCGGGUGGUAUAUCAGGCUCUUUUGGUCCUGGUGGUUCGAGAAUGCAGAUGUCAUUGCCAGACACUAUUCGCUCCUACUUCCCUGAGACAUGGAUCUGGGAACUGGUGCCAGUUGGGGAAUCGGGUUCAGUGAAACUGGAACGCACUGUCCCUGACACAAUCACCAAAUGGGUGGCGGAUGCGUUCUGCACUUCUUCGGCCGGAUUCGGCCUGGCCACCAACAGCAGCCUCACCGUCUUCCAGCCCGUCUUCGUGAGCCUGACACUGCCGCACUCUGUCAUCCGCGGGGAGGAGCUCACACUGAGGGCCAUGGUCUUCAACUACCUCUCCAAGUGCAUCAUGGUGCACGUCACCCUGGAGAACUCUACUAAUUUUAAAUCUGAGCCCUGCAAAGGCUGUGUGUACAGGAAGUGUCUCUGUGGGGAGAAGCCAGAGGUCUUCAGCUGGCUGCUUACCCCUACUUCUCUAGGUGAGGUGAGCAUUAAAGUAAGUGCCGAGGCCCUGAGCACGGAAGACCUGUGUGGCAACGAGGUGGCCACUGUACCUGAGAAGGGAGGCAUCGACACUGUCAUCCGUACACUGCGGGUGGAGCCUGAGGGAGUAAGACAGACAAUAACCCACAAUGCACUGCUCUGUCCUCAAGGUGGCACCGUGAAGAAGACCAUUUCCCUGGAGCUGCCUGAGGACAUAGUGGAAGGCUCUGCCAAGGCAUCGCUCUCAGUACUGGGAGACCUAAUUGGGAGCUUCAUGAGGAAUGUGGAUGGCUUGUUGGCCAUGCCGUAUGGCUGCGGAGAGCAAAACAUGCUCCUCUUUGCCCCCAACAUCUACAUUCUCAGGUACCUGGACAGGACACGACAGCUGACCCCGCAGAUCAAGGCCAAGACCGUCAAAUACCUGGAGAAUGUGUAUCGAGGUUAUCAACAGCAACUGAACUACAAGCAUGAGGAUGGUUCCUACAGUGCCUUUGGAAAGAAAGAUCUCUCAGGAAACACAUGGCUGACCGCGUUGGUCAUGCAGUCUUUUGGGAGUGCAAGGCCAUACAUCUUUAUAGAUCCGGAGCACAUCAAGAAAGCCAAGAAGUGGUUAGUCCGUCAGCAACAAGCUAACGGUUGCUUUAAGUCAGUGGGGAAACUCUUCAACAACGAAAUAAAGGGGGCAGACAGCAAUGAGGUGGUGCUGACCGCCUAUGUCACGGCAGCUCUCCUGAAACUGAACGGCAACAUCACUAAUCUCGUGGUGCAGAGGGGUCUGUCCUGUCUGAAGGAGGCCUCUGAUCAGCUCAACAGCACCUACACUACUGCCCUGCUCUCUUACACCUUCACCCUGGCCAAAGAACAUGAUUUGAGGACCCGUCUGAUUGGUCAGCUGGAUAAAGAGGCUAAGACUUCAGGAGGUGUUCGUCACUGGGAGCGCGCCGGGGCGUCUGCAGUAGACUCCCUGGACGUGGAGAUGACAGCGUACGUGCUUUUAGCCCUCCUCUCUGGGCCUUCUCUUCCUGGCUUUGGCCUGGGCUACUCUGCCACCAUCGUCCGAUGGCUCACCCAGCAGCAGAACUCCCACGGAGGCUUCUUCUCCACACAGGAUACGGCAGUGGCUCUGCAGGCUCUGACGCUGUUUGGUGCUGCCACCUUCAGUCCGGAGGGCGCCAGCACCUUGACAGUUGCCUCUUCAAAUGGCUCUAACAGGCAGUUCAGCAUUGAUCAGCACAAUCGGCUUCUCUACCAGGAGGAGCGGUUGCAGGAGGUGCCUGGGAACUACAACAUCGAGGCAGAGGGUACAGCGUGUGUUUUCGCCCAGAUUGCUCUGCACUACAACAUCCCAGUGCCUCCAGAAUUCUCUGCUUUUAAUAUGACAACCCUGGUGACAGGGAAUUGUAGAGGCUCAGAGAGGCGGUCCCUGACGGUGUCUGUGGAUGUGAGGUACACUGGAACAAGGAUGAAAACAAACAUGGUGAUCGUCAGCAUGCGACUCCUGUCCGGAUUCCUACCAGAAGAAAACUCCCUCACAGUGAUGAAAGCUGAUCCCGCUGUGAAACGUAUUGAAGAGGAAGAUGGUCACAUAAUCAUCUAUCUGGAUGAGCUGAUGAAUAUGAGGCCCAAAAGGUAUAUUCUGACCAUAUUUGAGGAUGUACCAGUAAGGAACCUGAAGCCUGCCAUUUUGAAGGUCUACGACUACUACAAGACAAGUGACAAGGCUGUGAGUAGGUACAGCUCCCCCUGUGUAGAGGGUGGUGCUUAGACCUACUGUGAGAGGCCAGACUGGACCAGCCCCAUCAAUGGCUGUUCACAUAACCAGAGAUGUAGACUCGUGCGCUCAAAAUCAAUAGUUCCCAACUGUUUUUGUUGUUUUUUUCUUUCACACUUGUACAUUUUUAAUGGAUCAAUAUGUGACACUGCACUGCAAAUAAAACUUAAAUAUAAAUGCAUUUUAUCAGUGCUUAUCUUAUGAUCACCUUUUAUUAAAAAGGCAGGAAAAGCAUGCACAUCCUUUUUUAUGUCACGUGUUUGGCCUGAGAAUGCCCAUUUCAUGUCUAAUGUAAAUGGUCUGCAUUAUGCCCACUAAUGUCUGAGCACAAAUAACGAAUCUUGUUGG